AUGCCAGACCCAACAUCUCCGACUAAGGAAGAGAUCGAGGAGAAAAUGGCGGAUAUCCUCGCGCGUAUCGCCAAGGAACAGAAGAGCAUAGACGCUUUAAAAGCCAUCAGACUGGCUACCAAGAACGCAGAUGUCCUACGAAAGACCGAUGCGGAGGAACGCGAAGCAAGAAAGAGUCUCGAGUACUUUCACAGUACACUUGAAGACCUCAAACAGAAACGUGAUUCGUUGGCCAGAAAUGCUAACAAUUACCCUGGCGGGGGUGGCUCGCGCUUUCCAGGAGGUUAUGGAGGUGCUGGUGGCUACGGUGCUAAUGAUCACGAGCGUCCAUUGCCAGCUCCUCCCCAUGAUGGUCCUAACGAUAGUGCCCCAAGAGCUCGCCAGUAUAGCAGUCUCGGUGAGAACGGAUGUUAUAUUCAUAUGGCUGAAGAUCUGAUGCUCGAGUUUAAGCUUCAAGUAGAAAGACAAUAUCAGAAGGGCUUCGACCUAAUGCAGCGCGCUUAUACGGCUGAUGGUGACAAGAAGAGCCGGCAAGAUGCUCAAAAUCAAAAGAUUGAAAGUGACAAAACUAUUCAACUUUUAUCAUCUGCGCUGAGGCGCUACAAGAACUUACAUGUCAUUGAAGUAGCCGAGGAAGAGGAUGCCGCAGAAGGGCCAUCUCCUGCUAACCCGAUCGGGGAUAGAAAGGGGAAUCUCCGAAAGCCUCUAACUGGAACCCUGCAAAUUACGGUCAAAGCUGCUCGAGAACUCGAACAUGCACCACUCACUAGCAGCAAGAAAUCUAGUAAAUCCAAC